AUGAGCAGGAAGGAGGAAGCCGCGGGCUACCAGCAGGUCCUGGAGCUGGACGUGAAGCUGGGCCAGGUGAGCAUCCGCCACCCCCGCGCCCUCCCCGGGGACCUGCCCAAGACCUUCACCUUCGAUGCCGUCUACGACGCCAACUCCAAGCAGGCAGAUCUGUAUGACGAGACGGUGCGGCCGCUGAUCGACUCGGUGCUGCAGGGCUUCAACGGCACCAUCUUUGCCUACGGGCAAACUGGCACCGGCAAGACCUACACCAUGCAGGGGGUCUGGGCGGAGCCGGAGAAGAGGGGCAUCAUCCCCAUCUCCUUCGAGCACAUCUUCACCCACAUCUCCCGCUCGCAGAACCAGCAGUACCUGGUGAGGGCCUCGUACCUGGAGAUCUACCAGGAGGAGAUCAGGGACCUCCUCGCCAAGGACCAGAGCAAGAAGCUGGAGCUGAAGGAGAACCCUGAGACGGGGGUGUACAUCAAGGACCUCUCCUCCUUCGUGACCAAGAACGUCAAGGAGAUUGAGCACGUGAUGAACCUGGGGAGCCAGACGCGGUCGGUGGGCAGCACCAACAUGAACGAGCACAGCUCCCGCUCCCACGCCAUCUUCCUCAUCACCAUUGAGUGCAGCGAGACGGGGCCGGAUGGCGAGGAGCACAUUCGUGUGGGCAAGCUCAACCUGGUGGACCUGGCUGGCAGUGAGCGCCAGAGCAAGAUGGGAGCCCAUGGAGAGCGCCCCAAGGAAGCCUCCAAGAUCAACCUCUCCCUCUCUGCCCUGGGCAACGUCAUCUCUGCCCUCGUGGACGGCAAGAGCACACACAUCCCCUACCGGGACUCCAAGUUGACCCGCCUGCUGCAGGACUCCCUCGGGGGCAAUGCCAAGACAAUCAUGGUGGCCACCUUGGGCCCAGCUUCUCAUAGCUACGAUGAGAGCCUCUCCACCCUCAGGUUCGCCAACAGGGCCAAGAACAUCAAGAACAAGCCCCGGGUGAACGAGGACCCCAAGGACACCUUGUUGCGGGAGUUUCAGGAGGAGAUUGUCCGGCUGAAAGCCCAGCUGGAGAAACGUGGCAUGCUGGGGAAGAAGAGGAGGAGAAGCAGCCGGAGGAAGAAAGUGGUGGAUGGGGAAAGUGCCACAGAGAAUGAAGGGGAGGAGGACAAUGAGGAUGGCCUGGAGAAGAACAUGGAGAACUACUUGAAGGAGCAGAAGGAGAGGUUGGAAGAGGAGAAAGCUGCUAUCCAGGAUGACCACAGCCUGGUGAGUGAGGAGAAGCAGAAGCUGCUGCAGGAGAAGGAGAAGAUGAUAGAGGAUUUGCGGAAGGAGCAGGAGGCGACGGAGCUGCUGGCCACCAAGUACAAGGCAAUGGAGAGCAAGCUGCUCAUUGGUGGCAGGACCAUUGUGGACCACACCAACGAGCAGCAGAAGAUGCUGGAGCUGAAGCGGCAGGAGAUCGCUGAGCAGAAACGCCGGGAGCGGGAGAUGCAGCAGGAGAUGCUGCUGCGGGACGAGGAGACCAUGGAGCUGCGGGAGACUUACACCUCGCUGCAGCAGGAGGUGGAGAUGAAAACCAAGAAGCUGAAGAAGCUCUAUGCCAAGCUGCAGGCCGUGAAGGCUGAGAUCCAGGACCAGCACGACGAGUACAUCCGUGUGCGCCAGGACCUGGAGGAGGCCCAGAACGAGCAGACACGGGAGCUGAAGCUCAAGUACUUGAUCAUCGAGAACUUCAUCCCACCAGAAGAGAAGAACAAGAUCAUGAACCGUCUGUACUUCGAUGGCGAGGAGGACCAGUGGAAGUUCCAGCCGCUGGUGCCCACUGGAGGCAACCAAAUGAAGAAGCGGCCUACCUCUGCAGUGGGGUACAAGAGACCCAUCAGCCAAUAUGCCCGUGUGGCCAUGGCCAUGGGAUCUCACCCUCGGUACCGGGCUGAGAACAUCAUGUUCCUGGAGCUGGACCUGUCCCCUCCAGCCAUCUUCGAGUUUGAGCGAAGCAGGGACCAGGCAGAGCAGGACCCCCGAGCUCUCCACCUCGAGAGGCUGAUGCACCUGGACAGCCUCCUGGAGAGGCCAGCAGCCUCCCGAGUGAGGAAGUCCCGCUCUUGGUGCCAGACGCCUCGGUCACUGCCAUCCUCAACCACGCAUGUCUCCCUCACCUCCAGCUCCCCAUGUGCCACCACGAUGCCAGCUCAGGAGUGA